AUGGCCAGACGUGCUCCGGCAGGCCUGCCACACCCUGCUUGGACUCGACCGAGCAGUGCUACCUGUACUGCGCCGACGUGCGUGCCAAGCAGGUGGUCGGCGGAGUGCGGCAGACGGGGUGCUGACGGACACUUCUACAGCGACUGCGACGUCGGACUCGAGUGCGUGCCGCCGAUGGACUUCGCGCCGCGCGGCUCUCCCAACGUCUGCCGCGAGAUCUGCGGCCGCUUCGGGCCCCAGGGAGUCAAGGUGACCAGCCUGUGCAGCAAUGGCCAGGCAUGUCUGGGCAGGCAGCGCGCGAUCUGCCCGAGCCAGGACUUCGAGUGCCUGCUGUAUUGUACUGAGGAGCCGGUCAAGCAGGAGGGGGAGCUGUGCGGCAGGUAUGGCUCGGACGGCUACUUCUACAGCGGGUGCGACGUUGGACUCGAGUGUGUGCCCCCGACGGGCCAAGUCGCAGGUGCUCCCAGCACCUGCCGCAAGGUGUGUGGCAGCAUCGGGCCCAGAGGGGACGAGGUGACGAGCACCUGCAGCACAGGGCAGACGUGCUCCGGCAGAUCCAUGUCGCCCUGCCCGUUGUGGGCUGGCGAGUGCUACCUGUACUGCGCUGACGAGCCUUUCAGGAGGGAGGGAGAAAAGUGUGGCAGGGCAGGCUCGGACGGCUUCUUCUACACCGACUGCGCGGUUGGACUCCAGUGUGUGCCACCUGCAGACAGCGAUCCGUCCGGCACUCCCAGCUUCUGCCGGAAGGUGUGCGGCACUUUCGGGCCCGACGGGGACACGGUGACUGGAGCCUGCAGCAACGGUCAGACGUGCUCCGGAAGGGUCGCCGCGACCUGCCCCGAUUGGGCCAGAGAGUGCUUCCUUCAUUGCGAGAAUUGA